AUGAGCCUACGGAAGGAAAUUAGCAAACCAUGUCAGGUUUCAUGUGUCUGCGUAUCAGUUAUGAAGUCCUAUUUAGUGAUCAUUGCUAUCCUUUUUAUAUUGGCUCAAAAAACUCCAGGUGACCUGUUCAGUGCCUUUUACAACAGGAACCCAGAACGUUGGAAUCCAUGUGAGCUGAAUCAAGGGAGGUGCAAAACCAACUGCAACAAGCGUGAAAUUCAGUACUUACACUGCCUAAAUAAUAAAAAGUGCUGCCUGAGUCUUUAUAUGAAAGUAAAGACCUAG